AUGGCUGUAUUCUGAUGUACACUAUAUGCAUUUUAUUAAAUUUUGAACCGGGUUGUCCGUUUAUUUCUAAUAUCCUACAGUAGCGAACGUUACCAGUAACGGCGUCUGAACCCCCAGUUCAGAAACUAAGCGCGAGACAACAACCGUUGAUUUUCUCAGUGAUUAAGUUUAGUUACACUCAACAAAGUGGCUUUACUCAAAACGUCUCCCCGCUACCGCGAGGCCCAGUGAAGACACGUGAAAAACACAAAAACAAGGAUCGCCGCCAUCUCCCGGGACUCAAAAGAAGGUAGAUUUGAACUCGGACCGCUGGAUUCAGAGUCCAGGGCGUUAAACCGUUCAACACAGAACCACGGCGCCCCGCGGAGCCAUGAAUGUCAGUUGAUGUAGCUUAAAGAGUUAAGCAGCGUUGAAGGGAUUGAAAGCAACCGUAUUUUACUGAAAGACACACGCAAACACGUCCUUGUCCUUUGGCGCAGUUGAAUAAAUAUAGCCCACAAAAGUUCACGUUACCGUUGAAUGUUUUAACGGCUAGCAGGUGAUGCUGUAACCAUGGCAACUGCGCAUUGCCGUCCGUGUGGGGGGCAGAAUAAUGUCCUCGUUUCAGAGGGCCGUCUUUGAAAGCGUGUUGUCCGGAGACCUGGAGGCUCUUCAGCGGUGUUUGGAGCGCGAAGCAGCCGCCGAGUCGCGGGAGCUGGAUCCGUUCGGCAUGAAGGACAAAGAGGGGAGAAACGCGCUGUUAAACGCCUGCAUGUUGGGGCGGACCGCCAUCGCCCGGGAGCUGGUGCGACACGGGGCCCGCGUCAACGAGCGGACGGCCCGAGGUGAGCAGGCCACGUGGUUACUAAGAAGAACUAGUUUCUGUUCUAUUCUACUGAAUUGCCAUUUCUAUGUUUUCCUCUCUUUGGGUUACACCGCGCUGCACCUCGCCGCCUGCUGGGGCCACCUGGGGAUCGUGGGGACCCUGGUGGAGCUGGGAGCUGACCUCCAGGCCAAGACCUUCAGAGGGCAGCGCCCCGUGGACCUGGCCCAGACCUACUCCAGGACACAGUGCGCUAACUGUCUCCUCACGGCCGAAGCUAAACAGGACCUGAUGACAUAUGUAGGUUUUGUUCAGGACCUUGUCUCUGACCCAGAGAGCAGCCUCACAGGGGAGGAAAAGGAAUUUUGUGAAUGUGCGUGCUCUGCCAAGACGGACUGGAUCCAGAGUGUCAGAAACCCAAAGGCGGCAGACUUCACAGCCCAGAGGAGAGACAUGGAGGACACCCUGCGGCCCAUUCUCCACAAGCCGUCUGCUCAGUAAAUUCCCACAGGACCCGAUGACGUCACUUGGGCCGCCUGCUGCAAGGAGACGCGACACGUCCCCGUUGUGCACCCUGCUGGGGGGAAACGACACCUCGAUUGUAUCUAAGACGAACUCAGCUCAUUUGUGGUGUUGCUAAAUGCUUGAGCAUUAAUAAACUGGAUAUAAAAUA